UUCAUGUAUCUUUCGUCGACUUUUAAAAUUCACAACAAUGUCAGAAGUAACAAAAACAAAAAAGGUUUUUCACUAAUCAUCGAUAAAAAAGCUACUAAAUUACUACAAAAAUCCAUGUUAACGGCGUUGUAAUUGUCUGGAUUUGUUCAAAAGAAUCGAUCCGAAAAAGAAAGUCAUCGUCUCUCCCGCAGCACAACAAAGGAAAGAAAAAAAAAUCCAUAUUACAGGAGGCAAUCAGCUGCGAAGAAAAUCGAAAUCAAAGGUGAAAAGUGCAGUGUCCUCGUCUCGAACGUGUGAUUUUGUGGUCUUCUGUUUACGCGUCACCAAUUUUGCUAAUUGCCAAUUGCCAUCAUACUCGAAAAACGUCGGGGAGCGUGAGCCAGUGCGCGUUGUGAAACGAUUGUUGUGCAAUGAGCAGGAGCCCAAACUGGGGCGAACUUCCGGCCCUCGUGCUGACGGAUCUGUUCCAGCACCUGUCCUACCAUGAUCGUCUGCAGGCUUCGUCCGUUUGCUGGCACUGGCGGUCGGCCCUCUUCCAGCCAAGAUUUUUCAAAGGCAUUCAUUUUGAUGUGGCGCGAGAAAACAACAAGAAGAACAGCUUUUUCUUACAGUCGCUGGCGCACAUCGUAAGCGACGCAAAGAUUUCAUUCGACUCCUGUAAUCUUUACGACGUUGAAUUGACUACGGAAAUUUUGUACAAGCUCAGCAAAAGCUCUUGUCUGGUUAGUCUGUCAUUGCGUCCGAAAUAUGCCACCCUGGUCACACCAGGACGAUUCUACUCCGAAGAGGAAUGGAACUACAUCUAUAAGUUGUUCGUCGAACCAAUCAAGUUAUUGCUAGGGCGCAAAAAUCCGGCGCUCAAGGAACUUGAUUUGGGAUGUUCUGAAAUUCUGUCUUUGCAUGCUGCCGACUUCCUAAAUAGUUGCUCUCGGCCCCAAUUCCUCAAGCAGCUUGGUUUUGCAUCGGUCAAGCAGGACCCCAGUCACUAUGCGUUAAGUUCGAUCGAACCUAAUCUGUUCGAAAAAUGUAACGCCUUGCAGUACCUCUCGCUAGACUACGAUAUUUUGUGCGAUGAUUUCUUACAAACGCUGCAGCUUUUGCCGCUGAAUCGUUUGGUGAUUCACGUUCACGGGCUCGACGAGGAACAUCCGGGUGUGUCGGAAGGUGCUUGGGCCAGCUUCCGUGCCAGGAAUCCUGAGACGGAGCUGCAUCUGACGCUGGUAUGUGCUUACGAGGCGGUCGACAUACUUCACAGCCACAUCCUGCGUCCAUCGAUGCCUCUGUCUCAUUUGAAGGUGCUAUUCUGCGAAAGGAUCAAUAGUGACGCUUUGGAGUAUUUGUCUCGAUACUAUAAAGAAACCUUGAAGAGUAUGAUUUGGGUCGACUCCAUGCGUAUCCAAGAGUAUCGUAAUAUUAUGGAACUAGUGCUGCGUACCGAGCAGGAUCCUCUGGUGAUGAUGGCGUGGCGCUGCAAGAAACUCGAAGAGAUUGUCAUUCACGGUUAUGUGCUGGAUCCACAUAAUUUGGUUGGAAUUUCGCGUCUACGGGGCAAGGACCUUAAGGUGCUGGAGGUGUCGCGGAUUGAUUUAUCGAUGCCUUCCGUGAUGAUGACUCCAUUCAUUGAGGAAAUAAGCACCCAACUGGGCCAAAAGUGGGCACCACUGGAUCCCAAGACACUUCCGCCUGCCCUCGGCUUCUUUCCGGUAUCGGACGAUGUUCGCGAUCAGUAUAUUCUUCGGUACAUUCGCAAUGGAGUUGCUGCUUAGGCGGCCCCACGGUAAGUACGUACCACGCUACCCCUUCACUCCACCGUACCGUACUACAAUUGGAUGUUUUGCUCAAUGUGCGCUUCAGUUGCUGGCGGAUUGCCUCAAAGAUGGCACGGAAUCGCCAUCCGAGUCCGUUGUUUUAUAGCGCAAUCAUAUUGAUGAGACUUUAUCAUCAGCUUUAAACAAGCAAGCAAAAUUACACGCAGAACUUAAGUCUAGCGAAAAAACAUCCUAUCUGCGUAACGGACUCAGUACUCACGCUAGAAAAUCACUUAUAAAAGCUAUUUUUACAUGAAACCGAAAGCUGUAGGAAAUACUACAUUAGAACCGUGAAGAAUAGGGUUGCAUCUUCCCGCUAACGUAGAAAACAGUUGCAAGAACAAUAACCGCGAGUACCUACAUUUAAUUUACUUCAUCACGCAUGCGCUUCUUAGUUAAUCCGAAGAUAAGAACAAUCGUUGAGGGAAAUAUAGUGCAAUUUAUUUCAACUGAACCCGAGACGCAACACACAGCAUUGAAGAAUGUUUCAUCAGUUAUUAGUUUUUAGCGCAAGAUAUCAAAGUUUGACAAAACAAACGAAACAAGCUCUGGUUCUAGAUGGAUUUGUUUAGAGCGAAAAGUGAGAUUUGUUAGCGAAAAUAAGAGGAAAAUCUCAUAGUCAGUUUUAGCGGAAGAAAACUGUUAAUUCUGUAUAACAAACAGCGAUAAAAAAACAGAAGACAAAACAUGCAUGUGCAGAUACACGGGCACAAGUGUAGGCAAUUAAGAUGUGAGAACAACAACGGAUCUGUGAUUUUUAUAUUUUUUCGGUUAAAACAAUUAUUUAUAUAUUUUUCCGGGAUUAUUCAUCAAUUUCUUCUCUUAUACAUGUGUGUUUUACAUCAACAGUAGGUUAAAUUAUUUUAUUUUUGUUAAAAAAUAUUUAUUGGAAUUAGGUUUAGAUGUAAGUUACAAAGAAGAUAUGGAUGAGAUUGUUUAACAACUCUGAAUUAUAUUUAAUUUGAUUUUUGCCUA